UGAGGAGCGCAGGGAGCGGAGGGAGCCGCCUGCUCAGUCCCGGGACUCUGUUUACUUUCUCGUCUUUGCCCCGGAGGGCAGUUAAGUGGGAGCACCGCGCGGCCCCCCGCCAUGCUCCUCCCAGCCGGUCGCGGUCCCUCUUAGGAGCCCUCUGCCCCAGUGCACUCGCAGUGUGGGUGAUGCUCCUGCAGGAUGCCUUUCCUUCUGGGCCUUAGACAGCCUGCCCAGGCAGAGGAUGAGACAUUGCUCGUUUUCCGUGGUCCAUUCGCAUUUGCUUUGUGGAAGACAGUCACACUUCUGAGUGGCGGCUUUGACCGUUCGGAUAAGGAAGCCUGUGUGGGUACCAACAAUCAGAGCUACAUCUGUGACACAGGACACUGCUGCGGACAGUCUCAGUGCUGCAACUACUACUAUGAGCUCUGGUGGUUCUGGCUGGUGUGGACCGUCAUCAUCAUCCUGAGCUGCUGCUGCGUCUGCCACCACCGCCGAGCCAAGCACCGCCUUCAGGCCCAGCAGCGGCAGCACGAGAUCAACCUGAUCGCCUACCGGGAAGCCCACAAUUUCUCAGCGCUGCCAUUUUAUUUCAGGUUUUUGCCAAACUAUUUACUACCUCCUUAUGAGGAAGUGGUGAACCGACCUCCAACUCCUCCCCCACCGUACAGUGCCUUCCAGCUACAGCGGCAGCAGCUGCCUCCUCCGUGCGGCCCUGCAGGCAGCGGCCCCCCGGGCACCGAUCCCCCCAGGGACUGCCCCAGGGCGCAGAGCAGCCCCUUGUCCGGGCCCAGCAGAAGCAGCACGAGACCCCCGAGUGUCGCCGACCCUGAGCCCUCUGACAUGCCGGCCGACCCAGCCACCAAAGUCCCCGGAGUGGAGCCGAGUGGCUCAGUGGCCAGCCUGGGGGAGCUGGGUCCAGGGGCCUUCCUGGACAAGGAUUCGGAAUGCAAGGAGGAGCUGCUGAAAGACUGCGGCUUGGAGCAGGGUGGUGCCUUCCCUGACGGCAAAGAGAAGACGCCCGGCAGACACCGCCGCUUCACCGGGGACUCUGGCAUUGAGGUGUGUGUGUGCAGCCGCGGCCACCACGACGACGACGACCUCAAAGAGUUCGGCGCGCUCAUCGACGAUGCUCUGGACGGCCCCCUGGACUUCUGCGACAGCUGCCACGUACGGCCUCCCGGCGAUGAGGAGGAGGGGCUCUGCGGGCCCUCUGAGGAGCAGGCUCCGGAGCCGGGGCUCGCCCACCUGCCACGGCCCCCCGCGGGCCUGCUGCUGAACACCAUCAACGAGCAGGACUCGCCAAACCCCCAGAGCAGCAGCUCCCCCAGCUAGAGCAGGCCCUGCCUGCACCGGACGCAGCAAGCCGCCAGCCGGUGACACGAGGAGCAUUAAGGACCUUCCCAGGAAGUAGUGUGGCCACUUCGUUCUGUUUUCUUUCCCUCCUCUCCGUUUCCUGCAUCUCCAGGUACAGUUCGGGGUGUGGACGCCGCACCCGCCCAGAAGCACAGUGUUGUGGAGAGCUGAGAAGCUGGUUCUGUGACUCAUCCUCACGUCCUGCCUGCCCGCGUGGGUCACAGCUGUGUCUUCUGGCCCCCAGGAAGGGGCUGGGACUGUGCCCUGAGAUGGUUCUUGGAGAGAAUGUAUGCGCUGGUUUUAGUUUAAGAGAACUGUGCUGUGUUUUCGUCCAGGAGAGGCGAGCUGUCCUGACUCAGAGUGCGGGAGGCUCGGGGACUGUCACCCGUGACUGCCGCUGUCUGGAGCCAGGAUGGGGCUCGUCCCUCGGGGGUGAGAGCUGUCAGGACGGUUGCCAGGGCACUUGCGUUUGCUCAGAUCCAGGCGCCGUGGUCAGGGCGCCACUGCCCAUCCCAAGGGCCCUUCCAGCAGCUCUGGCUGGCUGUGCCCUGCUGUGGGGGGAUUGCACUGCCUUCUCUUCGGUUUUUCCUUUACACACAAGCCACCAGGAACCUUAGCAGCAAGCAGGCCAGAGUCCUCUUCUGGACAAGGGACACUUGGGGCUGUUUGACAGGCUGCCCUUCAGAAAGCCUGGCAGCGGGGCGGGCUGGGGAGGCCCGGACCUGGGGGGAUGGAGAGCCGCUCCCUGCGUCUGCGCCCCGGUCUGCGCCUGCAGUGACCAGUGUCCUUCCAGCCCGAGCGUGCAGCCCGCGAGGCUCGCGUCGCUGUGUCCCCUGGGACACACAGAUCAGCAGCUGAGUCCUGGGACAGGCGGCCCGGUCCCUGCUUCUCACACAGUAUUUUUCUCGUUCAUUCUUAAUAAGUCUUUUGUUGUUGUUGUUGUUUGUUUUAAACUGACCACUUGGAAAAAAUACCUUGGUUACCUGUGGUUCUCGUGCGCUGUCCUGCCCCCGCCCCUUUGGGGUGGGUGACUCGUCUGUGACCUAUGUAAGGAGUCCUGUGGCCCGGCCGGGGGGCAGGGGCAGCCUCGGGCAGGACCGCAGGACCCUCGUUACUAGCGUUCGGCUUCAGAGGACGAUGGAGCUUUGCUCUGCUUUAGGAAUACUCCACAGGAGAAAGCAGGCAGCCGAGACACAUUCCCUAACCAGCCCUCCUCAUAGGAAAUGUUUGGUUCUUGUCCUGCUCUUGAACCAUGAUGUUUAGACUAGGUGUUACUGUUACAGUAAGAAAAGAAAAAGGGAAAAAGUCUAUAUGCAUACAUAUUUUUUCCACAUGCAUGCACAGCAGACAAAUCAUGGUUGUGAGGUGAGUGAGUGUUCGCUUUAGGAUUCCACAAAACCAAAACGCGUCGAACAAAGUGAAAUCUACGCAGUGACUUUCUGAAUGGGUGUGUGUGUGUGUGUGUGUGUGUGUGUGUGUGUGUGUCGGUGUCAGUCUCAAGCCCUGUGUUCCUGUGAAGAUACUUUGAACGGCAGCCGUUCUGCUCACGUUAACCACACACCCGGAGCAGACGUGGCCCUCUCAAGGUGAUUUACUUUAUGCAUUUGUGUUUACUGAACAAACGCCUGACUGUGUGCCUGGGGUACCCGGCAGCGGUGCCAGCAGCAGCCCCGCGUUGGCCGAGAUGCUGCACCAAGGAAGGGUCCCCCCAUCACUGCGAUUUGCACAUGCUCCGUGGCCCCUCGGCGCCUGUGUUCUGCUCCCGUAAUGCAGCCGAGCUCCACACCUGCCUGCCUUCCUCCGCUGCCCCUCACCCUCGGUGUCGGGAGUUCACGCCACUCAGGACAGAAAGCAGAGGUGGCGUCCCAGACAAGCUCGGACUAGCUGUGGCCCCACAGUGGCUGCCCGGGGUGGGCAGGAGGCCUCUGCUGAGCGGCUUGCAGGCGUGAAUGAGGCCGGCGGAGGCCAGAGAGCGACCGAGCGCAUCCGCAGCCCUGAUACCGUCCUUCCACGUCCCAAAGAACUCACUGAAGUGCUCAGAGAACAAGUCUUACCAAAAUGCAUCUUUCUCCAGCCAGCUGAUCACACGGUUGAAUUCAAACUCAAGUUCUUUCCAGUUGCAGCAGGCGCUUCCCGGCGCAGCCCCAGCCAGGAGGCCGCGUGGGGAGCACCAGCGCCUGGCCCUGCUGCCGGAGGCUACUGCUCAGGCAGGAGAAUGACGGUGAAGUUCGGGGCCACGGAGACGAGACUGAGGCUGGCUUUCCGGGCCAGCGAGGAGAGGGCUGGCGGCGGGUUUGGUGCUACGUCGGAAGAUUGGCAGAUGCAGACACAUUCCCGUGGGAGGUGGGAGGCACGUGGCCGUUUGUCAGUUCUCGUGCGUAUGUGUAUUUUAAGCAAUAAGACUCAGCCGGUCACUUUUCUGGGCAGUCUUGGUGACGCAUUUCCUGUGUUGUGAUUGUUCUAAAGACAGAGUGGCUCUAACCACUGUGAGAACCUCAAAUAAAAACCAGCCCCCAGCCCCAGUGCUCGC